GAGUAACCUCCCUUGUGACUUUUAUGAGUUCCGUUUUAUUUUUGUACAAGUUUAGGCCAAGGUUGAUUUGGUAAGAUGAUCAGGACAAUACGAAGAGCUCGUGGGUUUACAUAUUGUCGGUACAAACAUUCAAAGACAGAAAAUAGACAGCUCGAUGACGGCACUCCAAAGAAAAUACCAUGUUUGGUGAAAGAGGAAGAUAUGAAGAACGACUGGAUUGGUCCGCCUGAUCCGGUUUCCAACUUAAGACCUAUAAAAUUUUGCAUUAGCGAAGACGACUCUCCUUUGGCUAAAAGUUACCGAUCCCAGCGACAAGAAACUCAAGACUGGAAUCAGGAAUUUUGGUCUGACCACAAUACAAAAUUCUACAAGAUGAAGGAGGAUUUUUUAAAACGUCGACUAGAAGAGAAACAUAAGGCAGGGAUUGACUCUGAAACUCUAUCUGCAGAAGAAAUGUCUGUCUUCUACAAGGAGUUUCUGGACAAUAAUUACAAUAUGCACAGGAAAUACAACAGGGAAUGGUAUUGGAAAAAUUUCACAUUGUUAUGGCCAGCCUUAAAACUAAAUAUGGACAAAUUCAUGAAAAGAUUCAAGAAAUGAAAGAUAACUGAUGAAACACUUAAAAACUAUACUAGAAGCAAACUGUAAAGAGUAUGGUACAUUGUACAUGUCCCAAUGAGGAAGAUAAACAUUUAGUCUUCUAUAAUUGAAAGGUGAUGAAAAUGUUGGUUAUUGAUAGACAGUCUUCAGUGCUUCUAAAGUGAAAGGAAUUGGAAAGCAUGUCAUGUGGAAUCAGUGACUUUUUGGAGAGUUUCAUAACUCAGGUUCCGAUAUUCAUGUGUUAAAUACAAUUUGUGAGUGUAUCUACAUAGUGUAUUUACAUAUACAUGAAUAUCCCCUACAUUGGAAUGAAAAGGAAUCUUCAAUCAGAUCAAAAUAAAUUGUUGAAAUAUUCA